AUGGUGUACUUGUCGAAGGCUGGGGUGGAAUCACAUCAGCAUGGGAUGGACCUGGUUGAUCAUGAAGAACUGUCACUUCCUCAGCAACAUCUGGGAUUCCCGGAACAGAGACAUGCGCAAUGGGUGGAGGUGCUGGAGCCUGUGCUGCUCCUCUCCCUCUCCGAUUUCGUGCUCCAGCCCUUGCUCCUCGACGUCCUCUUCCACGACGUGUGGCUGCACGCUCUGCAGCUUCUGUUUGCUCUGCGAUUCGCUGAGCCUCUGCAAAAGAUGCUAUGUCCGGCUCUCAAGGACCCGUUUUUCCUGGGAAAUACGAGCAUCAAACUCCUCCCGAGCAUCCUUUUUUCUUCUCUCCUGAGGAUCUACAUCUCCUGCCAGUCGUAUUUUCUUCUCCUUGGGUUCAUUGUCAGAGCGGUUAUCACAGAUUGCAACACGGAAAAAAUGCUUGGACUCAAUUCCAAGGGUGAUCACAUCUCCAUCAAGGACGGGAACUGGGCUAUCCUUAUUCACAGUCAGAUGUUGAGAGUCGAUCUGGACAUUGGAAAUGAUUGGCUGGGAUCAAGACUUCGAGAUUCCAAUGACUACGAAUGGGAAGCUUGGAUUACCAUCAUGAAGAAUGGCAUCCUCUGGAGCAUCCUUCACCCUGUCAUCACACGUCUUCUUGCUCAAGGAAGACCUCCUCCUGUUGAGAGUACAGAAGGUGACUAUGAAGUUGAAUACAUCAUCAUGGUCACAACUGCAUGGACUGCAGGGCGCUGCCUGAGCUUCUCCUUGGAUUCAGUAGAAGAGGGAUCUCAUUGGUCACUAACUGACCUCUCCUUGAAGUUGGGCUAUGUUUUCUAUUUCCCCCUGGCUAUUGGAGGACCUUUGACCCUAUUCACUGACUAUAAAAUGCACAUCAUGAGGAGAGAGGUAGUAACAUGGCACUCCUCUGCAUGCUUGCUUUUGGUCCGUGCCAUCUUGUGGUGCUUAGUCUAUGAGUUCUUCCUCCAUCAUGUACAUCUGUAUGCUUUGCGGCUGAGACCAGAUCUAGUGGAGAACCUGGAUAAUUGGAGCCUCUGUGGGCUGGGUUACUUCCUUGGUCAGAUGUUCAUGUUGAAGUACUUUACCUUUUAUGGAACAGCAUCUGCUUUGACCCAGAUGGAUGGCUUCUAUGCUCCACCUCCUCCAAGAUGCAUUGCACACAUUGUACGAUACUCUGAAAUGUGGAGACACUUUGAUCAUGGCCUCCAUAGGUUCCUUAGACAAUACCUUCACCUGCCAUGCACGAAAGAGCUCCCAGGAAUACGAGGACAGAUUACGGGCUCCUUGCUGUCAUUUGGGACAGUGUGCAUGUGGCAUGGAGCUGAAGCAGCUGUCAUAGUCUGGGCAAGCCUCAACUUUGCUGGAAUUGUGUUAGAAAUCCUGGGCAGGAAAGCUAUUGCCUCCUCUCUCUAUCAAGUUACUAUUAAGAGGAGGCUGGAGAUCAGUGAGGACUGUGAAAGGAGGCUGCUGGCACUUGCAUGUGUUCCCCUCUACAUCAUGUCCUCCCUUUCCAACUUUUACUUCCUAGGCGGACAAAGUGGAUCAGGCGGCAUGCAACCUCCACGUGCUCGCAUGGAAGAAUCCAUGACUUCUCGCUCCCGGUCCACGGAUGCAGACCGAUUCGUUUCAGUCAUUGUUCCCACCUCGUGGAUCCUGCUGCCGGGACGGAGGGAGUACCUUAAUUCAUUGUUCCCCGAUGGUUUCGCGCUACCAUCUGUGACAGAGGCAUGCUCAUACGGCUUCACUAUCGAGCACUAUCGCGAAGCCGGGGCGGACAGGGGAUCUUGUAGAGCGACGUGGCUCUGGACAUGGCGGCGCCGUGAAGGAACUUGGGAUGUCCUUGUCAACGCAGCUCCGGUGGAGUCGAACUAG